GUUCGUGUCCAAAGAGCGAGAAAGAUUGAACGGAAGAACAAUACCUUAAAAAAUUGCCGCAAUCUACAAAAGGAAAAAAAACGCAAGACUAAUAAGAACAAAGUCAAGAGCAUCUGAUAAAAAGUAUGAUGCGUGUCAGGUCUCUCAUUCGUGAAAUUAAUGGUUUAUGGUUACCAUUAAAUAUACAAUGUCGCACGACAAAGUCGAUCAAAGAUUGUUCGAUGGAUAGCGAAAUGAAAAAUACGAAGAAGAAACCGCAACACUUGUGGCCGCGAAAAAAUAUUCCUGGUCCAAAAGCAUUGCCUUUGCUUGGCAAUUGGUUUAGAUUUAUACCAUAUAUAGGUGAAUACGGUAAUACAGAUAUGAUGACUCAAUUGCAUAUGUUACAUAAUCAGUACGGCAGUAUCGUCAAAUUGGACGGUUUAAUGAAUCGUCGAUCAUGCAUUUUUCUAUUCUGUCCGCAACUUUGCGAGGAAAUGCAUCGGUUGGUAGGUACCUCACCGACUCGAAUUGCUUUAGAGAGCCUGUAUUACUAUCGUACGAAUAGGAAACAUAUCUUCAGCGAAUAUGGUCUCGCAGUAAGCCAGGGAAAAUUGUGGCGCGAUUUUCUCAAAGUCAAUCCGUACAUGAUGCAACCGCGAACAGUCAGAACGCACGUCACGCAAAUCAGUGAAGUGACUAUCGAAUUUAUAGAAAAAAUGCGAACAUUACGGGAUCCUCAAACUCUGGAGUUGCCGAAUAACUUUAUAAAUGAAUUGUAUAAGUGGAGUUUAGAAUCAAUAUGUUCGAUUGGUUUGGGUUUUCGAUUAGGAUGUUUAAAGCCUAAUCUUGCCGCGAGUUCGGAACCACAAAUAAUGAUUAAUUGCGUGCUUGACAUGUUCGAUCUCAUAUACCGUUUGGAAAAUUUACCAUCACUGUGGAAAAUCUAUAAUACGCGAGAUCUCAAGAAGUUGUUUAAUGUGCUGGACACAAUUAAUGAAAUUUUUGAUAAAUACAUCAAACACGCUAAAGAGAAACUGGACGAAACGGCAGUCAGUACAGAUUUACAAAACCGUAGUAUAUUGGAGAAACUCUUACGCAUUGAUGAACAACAAACGGCUCAUGUAAUGGCGUUAGAUAUGAUAAUGGGUGGUAUUGACACGACCGGCAAUGCAGCUGGUGGUUUGCUCUAUUACAUCGCGAAUAAUCCAGAAAAGCAAGACAAAUUAAGAGAAGAAGUAAUGUCUGUCUUACCGAGUAAAACAUCGCCCAUUACGCAUGACAUUUUGAAUCGAAUAACGUAUGCUAAGGCCUGCGUUAAAGAAUCCAUGCGAUUAUUUCCCAUUACUGUCGGCAUUCAAAGAACUAUGCAGAAGGAUGUUACUAUAGGAGGAUACAAAAUACCAGCAGGGUUUAACGUUAUGGCCUGUCACGCAUUGAUCUCAAUGGAACCUACACAAUUUCCGCUACCUCGCGAAUAUAUUCCAGAAAGAUGGUUACGGGAUAAUACUAAAUUUCCAUUAAGCAAAGAGGCACAUCCCUACGCAUACAUGCCUUUUGGAUGCGGUCCACGCACGUGUGUUGGCCGAAGACUCGCUCAGAUGGAACUCGAGACAUUGCUCUUGACAAUCAUACGAAAUUUCCGGAUUGAAUGGCAUCACGGACCACUCAAAUAUAAAAAUAAAAUUAUAAGCACGCUUGAUUUGCCUUUGCAAUUCAAACUCAUCGAUUUGUAGAUUGUUUCCAUCUUUUUCACAUCAUAUCCAUUCACUACAUUGCUGCACCUAUUACGUAUAUUUACGAAUUUGCUGCCUAAUAAACGACUACAUCGAUUUACAAAUAUCUGACCUGAAGAGAUGACAAGUAUAUAUAUAUGACUGAUUAUACGACAAUUUUAAACGCACCCGAGGAUAAAAGCAUAACAUUAUUUACGUGAGUUUUUGAAAAAGCGACACAAAAAAAAUAUAAAAUGUAAUA